AUGCCUCAACAACGCCUGCAUUUUUUGCAAACGGCGCAACGGAGAGGUUCGCCAAUAUCCGACGACCUUUCGGGGCCUUCUAGCCAACAGCUACAUGACCCGGAGGAGAGCCAAACCUCUCAAUGUCAAUCGUCGCAACCUCGCACGGCAUCUGCGUCCUCUUGCGCGAAGCCAAGAACGUCGUGGGUCUUCUCUCAUAUGCCAGACGAGGAGACAGAGACUAGGUACUACAAUCAAAGGACUGGAAAAGAGGAAUGGCGCUGCAAGUACUGUGAGAAAACAUAUUCCUGUUCUGGUGGAACUGGAGCUCCGGCCAAGCACCUAACUGACCCUCCUCCUGACGGUCACGGUCUCCCAAAAGGCGCUCCACGGACAGCUAAAAUCAGAACCAUACAAACUAUUCUCGAACAAGCUCGUCUUACGGCUGAAGAAAAUGCCCGAAAACGUCGUCGGCUCAACGAUCAAUACGGAGACUCGAUCGACCCGGACCAGCUCGAAGUGUUGUACGUAAGGUUUAUUACCGCCUGUUCUCUUCCAUUUCGGCUUGUGGAAUGCCCAGAAUUCCGAGCCCUAUUGGCCUACAUCAAUGCCGACAUCGAUACUUGGCUUCCAGACACGCACCAAACUGUCAAGACCUGGAUUAUGCGGCAGUAUGAAGAUCAGAAGGAGAAGGUCAAGCAGCGCAUACAGUCCGCAAAGUCAAGGAUUCACAUCAGCUGCGACCUUUGGACUUCUCCCAACUCUUUGGCAAUCUUAGGCGUAGUUGCUCACUAUGUCACGGAAGACUGCAAGCUGGAACACCACACUUUGGCCUUAAAAGACAUCGACAGUGAGCAUGAUGGUUCUCACCUCGCCGCGGCAAUCAUGGAAGUGGUUGAAGACUGGGGUUUUGCUUCCAAACUUGGAUAUUUCGUGAUGGACAAUGCAAGCAAUAACGACACAAUGAUGAAGUCCCUUUCUCUUGCCCUUCUACGCCAAUUUGACAUUCAAUAUGAUUCCAAAUCUCACCGACUCCGCUGCCAAGGCCAUAUUAUUAACCUUGCCGCCAAAUCCUUCCUCUUCGUUACCGAUAAUGAGAAGCUCGACCACGAAGAUUCCGAUCUGCACAAUGUGACACUAAAGCAGAUUGAGACGUGGCGGCGAAAAGGUCCUCUUAAGCUUCACAACUUUGUCGUGUACAUUCAACGAAGUGUUCAGCGCAGCCAAAAGUUUAUGGCUAUUAGCCAUAACCGCAAGCUUGCGAGAGACAAUGACACAAGGUGGAGUUCGUGGUACACCAUGCUGCAAGCGGCCUUAAGUCUUAAGGACGCCGUUGACGGUUAUUUCAACAAAUGGAUGGAAGAAGACUGCGCUGGUGACGAGCUCUCUUCAGAAGACUGGAUCAUCCUAGAGAAGAUAAAAUUUUUCUUGGAGAAGCUCAAAAUGACGACCAAGGCUCUGGAAUCAUCAUUUGCAACUCUCGAUAAUGUCCUCUUGGCUAUGGACUUCGUGUUGGCACAAUUCGAAGCAGGAAAAGAGGCAUAUACUGAUGAUCCGAUUAUGGCACCAAUGUAUAACUCAGGCUGGGCGAAAUUGGAUAAGUACUAUCGCCUUACUGACGAAUCGCCUGCCUAUGUUGCAGCGAUUGUGCUCCACCCUUCGCAUAAGUGGCACUACAUACACGAGAACUGGAAGCCAGAGUGGGUUGAGUCGUCAAAGAAGUUGAUAGAGGCGCUGUGGGGUGAAUACAAACCCGUGGGAUCACCUCCUCUGUCCGAGGUCCCGCGGGCGACUACAAACGAGUUCUUGAAAUGGAGGAACAAACAUCUACAACCAGCACUUAUCACGGAUGAGUACGAGCAUUAUUGUAAGUCUGAACGGGUCUAUGGGUUCACAAGCGCCCUUACAUGGUGGUUAGAGGAGACGCAGCAGAAGACGUAUCCUAACUUUAGCAAAAUGGCUGUGGAUAUGCUGUCAAUCCCGGCAAUGUCUGCAGAGCCUGAAAGGCUCUUCUCUGGGGCAAAGAUAACCAUCACGGAUCGUCGAAACCGGAUGGGGAGCGAUGUAAUUGAAGCAUUAGAAUGUCUAAAGUCCUGGUUUGGGAUACGAGACUUUUAA